CCGGCUUCUCAGUUGCGGCGUCAGGUUUGGCGGUGGCCCCAGAGGUUUCGCGUCAGAGAGGAGUUUUGUGGGGCGGACCCCGCAGUCCACGGAGAGAGCCAGCGGUGGAGUGUGGGCCGGCAGAGGCUGGGCCAGAGGGACCAAAGCAGGAGGGGGCCAUCUUGCGUCCAGCAAAGUUGAACCAGAGGAUUCACCCAUCACUUCUAUGGCUGCCUCACAAACUUCGCAAACUGUUGCAUCUCACGUUCCUUUUGCAGAUUUAUGUUCAACUUUAGAACGAAUACAGAGAAGUAAAGGACGUGCAGAUAAAAUCAGACACUUCAGGGAAUUUUUAGAUUCUUGGAGAAAAUUCCAUGAUGCCCUUCAUAAGAACCAGAAAGACGUCACAGACUCUUUUUAUCCUGCAAUGAGACUUAUUCUUCCUCAGCUAGAAAGAGAGAGAAUGGCCUAUGGAAUCAAAGAAACAAUGCUUGCUAAGCUUUAUAUUGAAUUGCUCAAUUUACCUAAAGAAGGAAAAGAUGCUCUUAAACUUUUAAAUUACAGGACACCUACUGGAACCCGUGGAGAUGCCGGAGACUUUGCCAUGAUUGCAUACUUUGUAUUGAAACCAAGAUGUUUACAGAAAGGAAGUCUAACCAUACAGCAAGUGAAUGACAUUUUGGACUCAAUUGCCACCAAUAAUUCUGCCAAAAGAAAGGACCUAAUAAAGAAGAGUCUUCUUCAGCUCAUAACUCAGAGUUCAGCACUUGAACAAAAGUGGCUAAUACGAAUGAUUGUAAAGGACUUAAAGCUAGGUUUUAGUCAGCAAACUGUAUUUUCUCUUUUUCAUAAUGAUGCUGCGGAGUUGCAUAAUGUCACCACAGAUCUGGAAAAAGUCUGUAGGCAACUGCAUGACCCUUCAGUAGGGCUCAGUGAUAUCUCUAUCACUUUAUUCUCUCCCUUUAAACCAAUGCUCGCUGCAAUAGCAGAUAUUGGGCGAAUUGAGAAGGACAUGAAAAACCAGAGUUUUUAUAUUGAAACCAAGCUAGAUGGCGAGCGUAUGCAAAUGCACAAAGAUGGGAAUGUAUAUGAAUAUUUCUCCCGAAAUGGACAUAAAUUUACGCAACAGUUUGGUGAUUCUCCACAGAAAGGUUCUCUUACACCAUUCAUUCAUAAUGCAUUCAGAACAGAUAUACAGAUUUGUAUCCUUGAUGGUGAGAUGAUGGCCUACAAUCCUAAUACACAAACUUUUAUGCAAAAGGGGAAUAAGUUUGAUAUUAAAAGAAUGGUAGAAGAUUCUGAUCUGCAGACUUGCUAUUGUGUUUUUGAUGUAUUAAUGGUCAAUAAUAAAAAGCUAGGACGUGAAACUCUGAGAAAGAGAUACGAAAUUCUUAGUAGUAUUUUAACACCAAUACCAGGCAGAAUAGAAAUAGUGGAAAAAACACAAGCUCAUACUAAUAAAGAAGUAAUUGAUGCUCUGAAUGAAGCAAUAGAUAAAAGAGAAGAGGGAAUCAUGAUCAAACAUCCUCUAUCCAUUUAUAAGCCAGACAAAAGAGGUGAAGGAUGGUUAAAAAUUAAACCAGAGUAUGUAAACGGCCUCAUGGAUGAACUGGACAUCAUCAUUGUCGGGGGCUAUUGGGGUAAAGGUGCCCGGGGUGGAAUGAUGUCUCAUUUUUUGUGUGCUGUCGCAGAGAAGCAUGCUUCUGGUGAGAAACCGUCAGUGUUUCAUACUCUCUGUCGUAUUGGCUCAGGUUACACCAUGAAAGAACUAUAUGAUCUGGGUUUGAAACUGGCCAAGCAUUGGAAGCCUUUUCAUAAAAAAGCCCCACCAAGUAGCAUUUUAUUUGGAACAGAGAAGCCAGAAGUGUACAUUGAGCCUUGUAAUUCUGUCAUCGUUCAGAUUAAAGCGUCAGAGAUUGUUCCCAGCGACAUGUAUAAAACUGGCUGCACUUUGCGUUUUCCACGAAUUGAGAAGAUCAGAGAAGACAAAGAGUGGCAUGAGUGCAUGACUCUGGAUGACUUAGAACAACUUCGAGGGAAAGCAUCUGGAAAGCUUGCGUCUAAACACCUUUCUGUCGGUGGUGAUGAUGAACCCCAAGUAAAAAAGCGGAAAGCUCCCCCCAAAAUAAAGAAAGUUAUUGGAAUUAUUGAGCACUUAAAAGCACCUAACCUUUCCAAUGUAAACAAAGUUUCCAAUAUAUUUGAAGAUGUGGAGUUUUGUGUUAUGAGUGGAAUAAAUGGCCAUCCAAAGCCUGACCUGGAGAACAGAAUUGCAGAAUUUGGUGGUUAUAUAGUACAAAACCCAGGCCCAGACACAUACUGUGUUAUUGCAGGGUCUGAGAACAUAAGAGUGAAAAAUAUAAUUUCUUCAGAUAAACAUGAUGUUGUCAAGCCCGAGUGGCUGUUAGAAUGUUUUAAGACCAAAAGCUGUGUGCCAUGGCAGCCUCACUUUAUGAUUCAUAUGUGCCCAUCAACAAAACAACAUUUUGCCCGUGAAUAUGAUCGUUAUGGUGAUAGUUAUUUUGUUGAUACAGAUUUGAACCAACUGAAGGAAGUAUUCUCAGGAAUUAAAGAUUCUAGUGAACAGACUCCUAAAGAAAUGGCCUCUGUGAUUGCUGAUUUAGAGUGUCGAUAUUCCUGGGACUGCUCUCCCCUGAAUAUGUUUCGAAAUCACACCAUUUAUUUGGACUUGUAUACUGUUAUUAAUGACUUGACUACCAAAAUCGAGGGAACAAGAUUAGCUAUUACAGCCUUAGAGCUUCGCUUUCAUGGAGCAGAAGUAGUUUCUCGUUUAGCUAAGGGAGUGUCUCAUGUAAUCAUUGGGGAGGAUCAUAGUCGUGUUGCAGAUUUUAAAGCUUUUCGAAGAACUCUUAAGAGAAAGUUUAAAAUUCUGCAAGAAGGUUGGGUAAUUGAUUCAAUAGACAAAUGUGAGUUACAGGAUGAAAAUCAAUAUUUGGUUUAAAGCUUGUUUUUCUAGUGAGGAAAUCAUCUGAUUUGGCCAACCCCUAACAGGUGAUAAUGAUAAAAUAUUAAGCUAAAUUUUAUUUUUAUCUCUUAAUAUCUAUGCUUGAAUAAUAUUAUUAGAUAUAGGAAAACAAUAAUUUUCACUUUUGAAGUAGA